GAAAGUUCGAAACAGAUCUUGUGGGUUGUGGACUGCUGUCAGCUACGAAGUAUUCGGGGUCUGAUUUUAAGGCUUCGACAUGUCUGUUAUUCCCUGUUUGGCUGAUCGAUGGAGUGAGGAGAACAACAACAUAAUUCUGGCUUGGAAGCAAAAUGAACUGAGCCUUCAACCAAAUCAGGACGUUCGUAAACGAUGCUAUUCAGAAAGCCACAAACUACUGCAGAAAACUCAAGGAAUACCAGCAGCUACUGAACAACUGAAGCUCGAACUGACCGUUUCAUACAACACAUGUUUAUUCGCACUUGGCUUCUCUAACCCAAGCGAGAUGGAGGAGAGUCUGACCCGUAGUUUAUUCAGAGCCUUAGAGGCUGCUGACUGUCCGGUGUCCAGCACUGAGCCAGUGAAGCUGUGGGAGGAUGUUCUGCGCACUUUUGGCUGCUCUGUGUAUUUGCCAUAUAUCCACAAGCUCCUGCUGCUCCAGUGGAUGCUGUGGCUCAUGCAGGGCCAGCUAGAGAGAGUGCUUACUCUUCUGACACAGACUGACAGCAAGAGAGAGUGUUCAGCACCUGUGAAUCUACAGACAGAAACCCGAGACCUUGCUCUGAGACUGGAAGAAGACACCUCCCUAAUGGUUGCCAUGGCAGCAAAGGACCUCAAGGAACUUUUGCACAUCUGCACUGUGAUAUGCCAAGGGGUGGAACAGAUGAAGACAGAGAAAUAUUCUGAGGCCCUUGAUGUAUUUCAGGAGGCUAAAGGUCUCCCGAGUCCCAGAAGUCUCUUGGCACAUAUCCACAGUCUUACAGGCCAGACAUUUGCUAAGCUGGAUCAGCCCCAUUGUGCUCUUCACUAUUAUAGGAAGGCUUUGGAGGUAGAUUUUUCUUGCCUUGGUGCACUUUAUCAAAGUGCUCUGGUGUUCAGACAGCUUGGUAAUCCAAAGGCAGAAAUGGAGGCCUUGCAUCUUCUUUACUCAGCAGUCCAGCUACAGUCUGAGAAAGGUUUGUCCAGUUUUUCACUGGUCUCUCCGGCUAUGUUGCUUGGUGGUGAACAGAUGAGCUUCAUUAGCAGAGUUCCUUCCCCCUCUUUGAUUCUGCACACAUUGGCUAACACAUGUGUCCUCAAUGGCAGUAUUUCAGAUGGUGUUGAGUGCUAUCUUGAUCUGUUGGCAUCAUUGCAGUCAGAUGGAAAAAGUCUUGUACCUACAGAAAAUGGCACUUGUUUUCCCAGAAUCCCAAUGGUCUACCUUGAAGCAGGAUUUGCUUUAUUAAAAGCUCAAAGGUAUAGCGAUGCUCUAGUGGUCUGCGAGGAGGUCAUCACAAGCACUCUGGACUUCAUUCCCGAGAGGCUGCUUCUUGAUGCUGCUGAAAAACAACAUUUAGCUGACAGUGAUGCUGUACUUGAAAACAUGGACUUUGUGUUGUGGGCUGGUUCUGCCCGGCUCCUUCAAGCACAAGCUUACUGGAAACUGAAGGACACCAAAGAGGCUAUUACACAUUUUACAAGAGCGAUCAAUCAGCUGGUGAAAGUGUUUGUGAAACAGAAAGACUGGAAAGAAAACCAUCUUGGAAACUCUACAGUGAUGGUUGAAAAAGUGUCGACUCUGGAAACAGCAAAAGGACAAGCACUAGCUGGUAGAGGACUCUGCUUUCUGGAAAGAGGUCAGCUGAAGGAGGCUCUGAGAGAUCUUCAUCUCGGUCUGCAGAUGUCUCCAGGCUGCAAGAACACAGAGAUGUGGCUCGCUGAGAUCUUGUGGAGGCUUGAACGCAGAGAGGAAGCAUCGGCACACUGGAGAGAAGCGCACAGUACUUCAGACAGACCCAAGUCAAUAAACCUUCCGCUGUUUUUGCAAGCAUGGGCAGAAGAAACCGCUUUUGACUUCAGUGACUUGAAUAAGAAAAUGGAGGAAUACAUUCAAGCCAAAAACGCAAAGACAUAGGCAGAUGCCAGAGAGGAUGCUCUUCACUAUUCCUGCUAAAAUGCACAUUGACACUUUUUUGCUGCAUCCAAAUGAAC